CUCCCAUUUUCUUCCAUUAUUUGCAUUACCCUGCUGACGGCAGAGCCACAACAGACGGCACCUCUCCCUUGGCCCACCGCCACUGUUUUGGUCCUCUGCCCUCCGGCUGAACCAGGGCACGUUCUCCCACCUCCGGUCCAUCCACAUCUCUGGCUGCAUGCUCUUUCGCUCCGAGGCGCGCGCCCUGGGCGGCUACGACGGGCAGCUCCCUCGAUUGAGAGAGGUGGCCUGGACCCUGUGGCUGGCCCACCUCGAAGAGCACCCCGUCAACGUCGUCGAGGCCCUCUGCCACCUCCUGGGCGCCGUGCGGGACCCAGACGGCGGCGGCGGUCCCACGCGGAGGCGACGGCUGCGCAGCGUCACGGCCACGCUCAACCCCGAGGAUGUCCGCAGGUUCCUCGCCAACCGCACCGUGCCAGACAGCCUCAAAGACGACGACAGGCUGGUGCUCGUCGAGUGCCCAAGCCAGGACCAGGACAUGAAUGUGGCAAGCGUGCGACACUGGUGGGAACGCAAGGCCGGCUUCCAUUCUCCUUCCUCCUCUUCCUGAAGUAUAGAAGCAUUUGUAACAGUAGUCUAAUAUCCCCAAUGCAUUUGACGGUGC